ACUUCCACUUGAACCAACGGAAAAUACCGCCAACUGAGGAAUGAUUCAAGUCUUUCGUUAAAUUUCUGAAUAAAUUGGCUGAUUCAGAAAUUAAUUUAGUCAUUUUUUAAAACCUAAAUAAUUUCACAAUCCAAUAUUAUUAAAGAAAUUGAAAGGAAUAUUUUGUACUUAAUCAGUUUAGGCCGUUUUUCUAUUCCUAUUGUUUUGAAAAUGUCUUCACAAAGCCUGUCGAAAGCAAACUCAGAAAUCGAAAAGCAGGAAGAUAAAAACAUAAGACAGUACACGUUUAGAACCCGUCGAAAUAGACAACCUCUUAGAACCUUAAACAAAGAGAAUCAAGAUCAGACCCUGGACGAUAUUACCGAUUCGGAAAGUGAUGAACAGAAAGAUUUAAUUACUGAUGAGGACUCAGAUUGGGAAGUAGAACAAUAUAAGAGUGUUAAGAAAGAAUUAAUAAAAUCUCAUCGUUUCUCUCGGAAAAAGAAAUCUUGCUCUGAAGAUAACGAAGAAGAGACAAAGCAACUUGUUAUAAAAACUAAGAGUAGUAAAAAGAAGAAAGAAAUUACUGUUCGAGGUCCUAAAGGAACUAAGACCAAAGGAAAAGAACGCAAAGUGAAGCCUGUCAUAAAAAACUUCUUAGCCUCCGCUUCUGAGAGUGAGAAUGAUGAAAAAAGUAUUGGUUGUCCUGAUCUUUCAAAGAGUGCACUGAAACAACGGAGAAUAACUAAUGUCCAUCAAAAUUUAUUGAUCGAUUCCCCUCAAGAAGAUAAGAUUACUUUAAAACCUAAACGAUCCAUUAUUCCGAGAAUACCUGAAAUUAAACAUAAAUCUAAUAAAGAUAGGGCUGAGUCUUCAAUUAAAAAGUUUACCGCAAAAAUAGAAAUGAAGAGUAAUUCCAAAAAAAGAUUAUCUCUUGAAAAGAAAACUGAAAAAAGCACUGCACAUUUGCAUGACAAAUUAUCUAGUCAUACAAUUGUUAGGGAUGAAAUCCCUACUAAAAUAGAUAUAAUAUCGCGAUGCCACCGUCGAAUUAGUGCUGAUGAAACUUUGAUGUCUGUAAAUGAUACACUAUUUCAGGAAAAUAUUCCUUGUAGUACUUUCGUUGAAGAAGAUAAUCCUAAUAUGACAUUUUCUGUGCAAGAAGAGGAAACUACUCCGCUUUCAAGUAAUUUACCAGAAGUCGAUAGUGAGAAAGUAAGAAAGAACUUCGCAAAUAUAUUCAGCAAUGAUUUCAAAACAAAUAUUUCUACGAAAGAAGAUGCUAUUGAAGAUUUAACCAAAGUUGAAGAUAAAUUACGUACCUUUUGUAUAAGUGAAUCAACUAUUUUACCCGAAAAAACACCUGAUAAAGGAUUACUAGAUGGAUUGAAACUUAAUGAAAAUACUACAACCUGGAUUUCAGAGAAUUCUGCAAAACCAAAAAUUCUUGUCAAUGACACACCGGAGGAUAACUACAAAAAUACAGUGAUCAAAGAUAGAACAGCUAUAGAUAUGGCUUCUGUUAAUGAUUCCUUUAACGAUUCCGAGUGUCAACAAGAGAUAAUCACUGAGAAGAAAUCAGAUAUAUCUUCUGUUAUUGGGACAGCGAACGGCUUACAGUCUUCAGAUAGGAGUGAUAGCAUUACUACUGCAAAAAGUCCAACCAAAAUUACUCCACUGGUAACAGAUUGCGUAAAAAGCUGGAUUCAUGAUGAACUUGCUGAAGUGGAUGAAAAUAAGUCAAAUUUAAUCGUUCAUGAGGCAUCAUCCGAUAAAAAGAAAGACUACAGCUGUGAGAAAACAUUUAUCAUUCUCCCAAACAAGCCAUCUCCUAAGACAAACGAAUCGACUGGUGAAACCUGUUCAAUUUCAGAAAAUAAAGAGCAAUCUAACAACCAUGUAUUAUUAAACAAUCCCAAAUCUGAUUCGAUAAACUCAGCCGGCGAUAAAUCAGUCAUUGUUGACCACAAUAAAAACGGUCAAAAAGAAUUAACAGAGAAUGAAGAAAAUAAUGUACUGAUCGGUGAAAAUACUAAUGCAGAGAUUACAACUGAUCUCAAGCACUCGUGCAAAGUCGAAAACCUUAAUGGGAGGAAGUUAAUCAAGGCAAAAUCUGUCUUAAGCAGCACGAGAACUAGCCCUAUAAUGGAAGCCGUGUUACAAGCUGAGAAACAAAAAGCUUCUAAACCCCCUGUCCCUGAUAAUAAUGUACCUGAUAAAAAAGGAAAAAAAAAGAAAUCUAAAAAGUUAACGAAAGAAGACGUUUUAAGUAUGCACAUAUUUAGUUCUGAUGAUGAUUGUGAAGCUCUAAAAGUCACUUUGGAAGAAUCCAGAAGUGGUAGAGAGUCUGAUACACAAAAAACUCAAUUAGAGGUUAAAUCAAUAUCAUUAAAAAUUUCUACUACUGAUAGUGUUGAAUUAUCUCGUCUAUCAAUUAAGAGUGAAAGCUCUCGUAAUGAAUCAAAACUAUCGUCUAAAUACUGUGGAUCUUUACUAAAGGACAAAGAAGAGAGUUUUGAGUCUUCAGCCGAUAUUUCUUCAAGUAGUCGAAGAAGUGAAGAAAAACACAAAGAAAAUAUAGUUAAAGGAUCACAGCCUGUCAUUGAUAAUGAACUCGAUCCUGCUUUAAUUGAUGAAUCACCUAUUUCCUCCGGUAUAAAAGAUCUUCAUCAAGCCACUAGUUCGGGGGUAUCAACAAGGUCAUCUUGUAGUCGGGUAUUUUCCAGUGAAAAGAAGGAAAGUGCAGCUGUAUUUCUUUUGUCUGAUUCGGAUGAUAAUGAAAAGGUUGAGUCAAAUUCUGAUUCAGAUUUAGAACCAACUGUGAGGCGAGUUGUACGGAGGAUUGACUUUGAAGAAUCAGAUGAUUCUCGAACCAAUGAAAAACUUGAAAUUUCUAGUGGAAAUAUUAGUGAAAAUGAAGAAAUCAAACGAGCAAGAGACAACUUGAAAUCUGCUAGAGAAUAUAGAGAUUUAUCUGGCCAAGAAGAGGAAGAAGAUGUUUCUGAGGAGGACGAUAGUUUCAUAGUACCAGAUGAAUCAAUAGAUGAGGAUGGAGAUUAUGACGAGGAAGAGGAGGAGGAAGAAGAAGAAGAGGGAGAGGGAGAAAAGGAUGACGAAAAUACUGCUGAUGAAGAUCAGGAAGAUGGUGAUGAUGAGCACGGGAAGGAAGGGAAAUAUGUUGAAGAGGAAAAAAAUGACCACGAACUCCAAGGGAAAAGCAAAGGAAAUUAUAAAGCAGAAGAGAGAAAGGAAGAUGAAAUAGGUCAUAACGAUGAUGAAAAUGGAUCAUCGGGCGAAUACGAAGUUGUUGAUUUAGAAAGUUCCGAUGAUAAUGAGCUUUAUCAAACGUGUCGAUCAUUUAUUGAUAGUACAUCAAGACAAAAAUUACCUUCCUUUGUAGAUGCAGAAAAACAGAGGAAAAAUUCUGGUAACUAAUAUUCCAUCAUGAUAAAUGAACAAUAAAACGAUUUUAGUAUUAGCAAUUCAUUGUUUUUGUGAUUGUUAGGUUUUCUCGUGAGACGCUCCACUAAACAAGAUUCUACAGAAGUCGAUUCAAGUUCUGGUAGUUGCUUUCUUCUAAUGUCGUCCGAUUCGGACGAAGAUGUAUUUGUUGACGACAAAGCUAGUAAAGCGCCUGAAAUAAGAAUAAGAACUCUAACUCCAGAUAGAUUUCCCCCGAAAAGGGAAAUUUUGAAAACAACUCGUCCAAAGGAUGAUAGUUGUUUGUACUACAACUUUUUGUACUCGCUAUCGGAUUAUGUUGAUGAAAAAACGAAGAAAAGACAUCCGAAUGCUAUUCGAUUCGUUGAAAAGUUUCAAAAGCAUAAAAUUGAAUUAACGGAAAAACUUUUCAAUGAGUAUAAUAAAAACGUAUUUGAUGGAAAAUUACCUGAAAUGGAGGUUAAAUGGAAUAAACGACUUCUGACAACUGCUGGAUACUGUAAGUACAUGAGCAAUAAGGCGACAAAAGCCCACAAAGCCACCAUUGAUUUGAGUGAUAAAGUUUGUGACACAUCUCAACGUCUUCGUGAUGUUCUUUUGCACGAAAUGUGUCAUGCGGCAGUGUGGUUAAUAAAUAAAAGAAGAGAAGGUCAUGGUCCUUGUUGGAAAUUUUGGGCUGGACUUGCUAUAAAUAGAUAUCCGAAUUUACCGAAAGUCUCAGUUUGUCACAAUUACGCCAUUACAAAAAGAUUUUUAUAUACGUGUAACAAUUGCAAUUAUCAGAUUAGCAGACAUUCAAAAUCACUAAAUACUAAUAAAUAUUCAUGUGGAAAAUGCAAAAUGGGCAGAUUUGAGGUGCAGCAUAAUCCAGCUUACAGUACAAUCAGAAAAAAGAGAGUUAGAGAUGUACCAUCAACACCAAAUCCAUUUGUGGAAUAUAUCAAAGAAAAUUAUGGAAGUGUUCGAAAACAGAAUAAUUCUCACUCUGAUACAAUGAAAGUUUUAAGUGAACAGUUUAGACAAGUUAAAAUAUCAAAAUAGCUUAAAUAUAUAGACAUAUAUUUUUUUACUUUGUCAGUCUAUUAUUUUACUGUACAAAUAGAAAAUUCUCGUAUUGAAAUAAC